AUGUACGGCCAUUUGCUUGUACCCCAAGACUCUGAGCUGCCCAAAGCCUCAAAGUGCAAGGCCACCCCCAGGAUCGACCUCGACGCCCACUACAAGCGUCAGGAAACCAACAAGGAGCGUGGAAGGCUCCUCACACUUGCGUCACUAGGCGCAUCAUCCACAGACAGGCAGCGAGCAGCAGCUAGGGUUGUAGAUACCACACACAUCAUAAAGCGCGGGAUCAUCCGCAAGCCACGCGAUCACACCCCACCGCUUGAACGCUACAAGCCCAGAAAGGGACGUCUUACCACUGGUAGUCGCAAGCCGGCACCGCCCCCAGAGCUUAUCACCUCCAACGCAGUCCCUCCCCCCAUCAUUGCUCCCAUUCCAACUCGUCCCCUACCCAACUUCAUAAAGACAAACACCAUCGCACGUCCCAUCCGCCCACUCCCUUCCAGAGUCAGGCCGACGAUCCACAUCGAGACCCUUAUGAAGCAGGACGAGCACCAAGGACCCAUCUUUAGCCUCGCCACAGAGCUCGAUAAAGUCUGCGCCGACCUACACACAGGGACGUGCACAUAUACAUUCGUCGAGAAGCAGGUUAUCAACAAAGUCUGUCUGGAGAUAGGAGGAAUCAGUUUCAAGCAGAUAGGAAAGGAAGAGAGGCUGCAGGAAAUCACCAAGGCUCUGGUCUUCAUCUCAAAAGCGAGAUAUUUGCACUUUUUGCAACGAAUGGAUGACAUUCUUCAUACAAACGUCGAGUCAGCACACGACGGAAGUACCCCACGCGCCUCGCAGCGCAAUUCACCCGAACCUGCACUAGGACCGCAGGAUUCCGCAUCACAAGUCGGAGGACCAGCAUCCCCGACACCAUCACUUGUACCAGCCUAUGUCCCACCCAUCUGGGAGUUUGAUGGACACCAAUUCGAGCACCUAGAAGAUGCUCUCAGACAGUCCGCUCCAGGAGAAGUCCCGGACCACAUACGCGAAUGGAUAAUCGUCGCAAUGAAGCUCACGGUCACUACUGAAAUCGCCAAGGUCUACAAUGUGCUCAGAAACAAAAUGUAUGAGCACAAGAAAGCCUUUGAAUCGCAGAUCCAGAAUAACAAGAAUGAGCACCGGUUAAAGGAGGCACUGCUCCAAACCGAGAACGGCAAGCUCAAGGACAGGAUCGAUGCGCAAGAUGCACAUAUAACGGUACUUAACGGCGAACUCACCGGAACACAAGCGGCAAUGUUGGAUAUUGGAAAAGAGAUGAUGGAAAUCAAGGCAGCAAACACCAGGCUGCGACAUGAGCUAGCUUCGCUCAAAGCAAGCGGCGUCACUAUGAUGCAAGGUCAAACAUCCGGCACAGUCCAAUCGCACAAGCCACGCAUCAAAAUUGCUGAACCUCCACACUACUCGGGCAAAGGAAGUCUGGAGGACUGGCUCCAACAACUCAGUAUAUGGAUGCGGUGGAACGAGAUCAACGACGAUGAGCACAAGAUUACCAUGGCCCUGCUGCAUUUGGAAGGUGGUGCGUUCACAUACAUGUCUGAAUAUGCGACCAGAGCAGCAGCACGGCAGGCACUUGGCACAUGGGAAGACUUCGUCAACAUUCUCAAAGUAAACUACAGGACCCUCGACCCGGACAAGGAUGCACAGCAGCAUUUGAAGGAUAUCUGCGGCAAGAUGUAUCCCACAAUGGGCACACUGCACUCAUCGGUUACAUCGCUGAACACCGAAGCAAGGACGUACGCCAGGCAAUGGUCACACGAGACAGCCUAG